AUGCUGGCUUGCAGGGCAGCAGUAUCGGCAGGCAGUUGCGGUGCGGCAUUGCUUGUUUCUGCCCGCCACCUCUCUGUCCGCACGGAGGACUUCUUCAGCAAGGAAGCCGUCAGCCAUGCGAGACGUGUCAGCUGGGCGCCACACACAACAGAGAAGAAGCAGGGUGCAUUCGCCAAGCUAGCACGCUCCAACUUCUCUGACCCAUUACAAAGGGGAUUCGUGCAGGAGCCGUACUUUGAGGAGGAAAUCGAGGCGCAUCGUCUUCAUCAUCGGCCAGACGUGUACGUUUACAAGUACAACGUUUCUCCAACUCACAUGUCUCUUCGAGAGUAA